UAUUAAAUUUUAAAAACAAACAAACGUGGAUGUGAACUUGCAAAGAACGCCCAGGCCUAGUCCGGUUUUCUAGCACCAACCCUCCCCCACCCCCUGCCUCCCGCUCACCAAGGGCCCCACCUCUCAGCCACGCUCUCCCCUCCACCCCGCAGUGCGUUGGAAUGGGACACCCAGGACAAAGCGGUGUGGCCCCCAUGCAGGUCUCCAUGUGGCCAGUGCGAUGAAGAGAGCUGGGCCAGUCCUUGGCUCUGCCUUCGCAGGAAGCUGCUGGGCUGGGGAGAGGGAAGGACAAGAUGGUGAGGCUGGCGUGAGUCACUGCACCCGGCCCGCUUGAAGCAAUCUUGGCCAGUUCAAUUGGUGGGAACUGUCAGCUGUGUGAAGGGCUGUGGCUUUCUCAGCAGCCUCGUUAGCUCUCAGUCAACCAGAAAGCCUCCAGGUGAGGAAACUGUGGCCAGACCAGCGGCAGCCGCGCACUCCCGUCCCCCUGACUGGUGACCGUGGGCCUGUGCACAGAGGCUGCAGACAGCGCCUGGCCACGGCCUGUGGGGAUGCUGGGGACAGCUUUCACCUUCCUAGUCCUGUUCCUGCAUGGACGGCACAGCCAAGCCGCUGCCUCUUGCCCGGGAGCCUGGCCAACGGGUGAAGCUGUGGUGAGGCGCUCUGGCACGUCAUUCCACUUGGGGCCCAGCGACACCCCGACAGCAGUGAGCUCCUUGGAAUGGAAGGCACAGCUGUGCUCAGAGGAACGCACUCGCGUGCUGUUCAGCUGGAGGGCCAAUGGCAGCUCCGAAGGGGAGCACUGGGACUCCGGCCGCCACAGGCUCCGCCUCAGCACCAGCCCGCCCAGUCUCCUCUUCGAGGCCGCGCAGCAGGACGACAGCGGCACCUACUCCUUGGAGGUCAUCAGCGAGGCGGGCGCCAUCAGGAUCCACUGCUUCCUCGUGUCCGUGCUGGACCCCGUGCGGCAGCCCGAGCUGCGGCUGCUGGAGCAGAGGGCGGCCCCGGGCGGCAGGUGCCAGGUGACUCUGAACUGCUCGGCCUCCGGAGGCGGCGAUGUGGCCUACACCUGGUCCAGAGGGGGCCAGGCCAUCCCGCCGCCCAGGAGCCCCUUCCGCCUGGAGGAGCAGAUCCGGGCGGGCGGCCUGCACACAUACACCUGCAACGCCAGCAAUGCGGUCAGCUGGGCCAGCCGGAGCCUCCAGCUAGGCCCGGGCUGCGGGAGCGCUGGCCACAAGCUCGGCCUCCUGCCCCUUUUGAUGAUCAUCCUGGUUCCCAUACUCACGCUGCUCAGCACCCUCACCUGCGUCUGCAUGUGGAGAAGGGGGAGGAAGCUGGCAGAGCCCGGCCCAGAGGAGGCGCUGACCGUUUAUGAAAAUGUCCGCAGCCCACCCAUCGGGAGCGGCCAGGUGCGGCCCGAGCAACUUCACAACUACAACUAA